UGUAUCCUAUGCUAGUGAACAGAUAUGUUGCGAUACUAACUAGCUACACACUAGCAUUAAAGCCACGAAAAGAUGCUCAUUCACGGGAUUAAAACAAUAAAACAAACAGCGAGAAGUCUAGAAAAACUUUGCCAAACUGUGCCCAAACAUUAUUAGAUCACAACCCGAAUCACUUCCCUUCAGUUUGGAGUGUGUUAGCAUUGUUUUAUCUCAGCACUAUUGGACGCGUUUUUUUUUUCUUCUGGAGCAGUCCAGUCUGAUGAAUUCACCGAAAAAAGACGGAGAUGAUGAUGUGCCCGUUAAAGACCCGGUAAAAUACGGCGAAUUGGUCAUUUUGGGGUACAAUGGCUCUCUACCGACCGGAGACCGCGGGCGCAGAAAGAGCCGCUUCGCUCUGUACCGAAGGGCCAAGGCCAACGGUGUCAAACCCAGCGCUGUGCACAUCCUCAACACCCCACAGGACACAAAGGCGGUCCACAGCAGGGGGCAGCACAGCAUCUCUUUCACGCUGUCCCGUAACCAGACAGUGGUGGUGGAGUACUGCCAUGACAACAGCACAGACAUGUUCCAGAUUGGACGCUCCACAGAAAGUCCCAUUGACUUUGUGGUGACAGACACCUCGGGAGGGGGGAAGGAGGGGGAGGACCCCUCCAUCGCUCCCAGCACCAUCUCACGCUUUGCCUGUAGAGUAGUGUGUGAACGCAACCCACCUUACACCGCACGAAUCUACGCCGCCGGCUUCGACUCCUCCAAAAAUAUCUUCUUAGGGGAGAAAGCAACCAAAUGGAAAAACCCUGAUGGGCAUAUGGACGGCCUGACCACCAAUGGGGUGCUGGUGAUGCACCCGGAGGGGUUUCCAGAGGACCCUAAGCAGGGCCUGUGGAGGGAGAUCUCCGUCUGCGGGGAUGUUUAUGCCCUGCGGGAGACACGCUCUGGACCCACCCGGGGAAAACUGGCGGAGGGUGAGAGCAGUGCGCUACGUGACGGUUCUCUGGUGGACCUUUGUGGGGCCACCUUGCUGUGGCGUACAGGUGAGGGGCUCAUGCGGGCCCCCACCCUCCGUCACCUGGAAGCCCUUCGCCAGGAGCUCAAUGCGUCCCGGCCCCAGUGUCCUGUAGGCCUCAGCACACUGGCCUUCCCCAGCCUGCCACGCAGCCACAGGUGGGAGCCAAACCUUGAAGAGCGUCAGCCCUGGGUCUACCUCACCUGCGGCCACGUCCACGGACGCCACGACUGGGGCCAGAGACCCGAGGGGGUGGAGAUGCCGGGGGAGGGCGAGGUAUCCACCACCAGACGGGAGUGUCCCCUGUGCCGGACGGUGGGCCCCUACGUGGCCCUGUGGCUGGGCUGUGAGCCCGCCGUGUACGUGGACGCUGGAGCUCCCACUCACGCUUUUGUGCCGUGCGGCCACGUCUGCUCGGAGAGGACAGCCAGGUACUGGGCCGAGACCCCGCUCCCACACGGGACGCACGCCUUCAGACCCGUCUGCCCCUUCUGCUCCAGCGCACUCAGCACGCCCGGCUGGACGCGGCUCAUCUUCCAGGGCCCCAUCGAUUAGCCGCCACUCUUUGGCAAACCACUAACACAGUAACACAAAGAUGCCUGAGCUUCAUUCAUGUUUCAAACGUGGGUCAGUGUUCAGUGGGGAUAGGGAGUGGAUCAGGAGGGCUGUUAUUUUCAACAGGAGAUCUGCUUCUGGGUGGAUCACUGACACUGUCCAGCUUUGUUACCGAAUGCAGCUCAAAGCUAAAUCCCUCCCCUUGUUCAUCCUUUAAUGCUUCUUGAUUGGUGUAAGAUCUUGAGAGUAGGUGGUUAAAACAUAUGAUGGAGUGAUCGAUAGGGUCACAUGGACAGUGUUUACUCUUUCAGGGAAGCUGCUUUUCAUUCCAACCAAACACUACACUGCUUAGCUAACAGCAACAAGAGAUGAUUCUCAUAACUAAAACUGUAGCUUAUACGAUGCUGCUCUAACCCAUUUUAAAUGAAUUCAACUCAUGAUGAAAUUACCCACUAAUGUUCCACUUUGUCACACGAAACAAACAGAUCUCAACCCUUUUAUUUGACUGUUUCAGAAGCGAUGUAUGAAAUGACAUGUAGCUUUUUGCACAGAAAUAGGGAAUGGCCUUUUUUACUCAGUUGAUCUGCUGUCUUGCACGUCUGCAGCGCCUGUGUGUCCUUAACUCGGUGAAACCCCACCUCUUGCACUUCUUCUCGGCCUGACCUCGGACCACUUUUAUCAUCCCUAACACAAUACUGUAAUGCUGCAACUCAUAAAACAGUUUUCAUCUGUUCUCAUUAAAAACUCCUUAUUUUAUAAUAUAAUAUUAUAUCUGAUUCCCCUGUCCCCUGAACAUCUUGCUGAUUCGUCUGAAUCCUGAGCGGGACAUAUUAACUGCUAAUUGUGAAUAUGGGAGGUGGAAUCAGAGUCUUUUAAUCAACAUUUUACGUUUUUAGUGAUUGAUACAGGGAAUUAUUAAUCAUUGUUAAAGUGAGUGUAUGCAGUUUUCCUCUUUUUUCCUCAUGCAUAUUUUUAGUGUGAAAUCUAUGCAGCAAGAUCCCACGAAUGAGACCCCGUGUGUAGUACAAGGUUGGAAUGAAAGCCUGCAGACUUCUCCGAAGGGAACACUACGCGCCGUAUGAUCGCACCACUACCAGUUCUCCUCUUAAGGCCAGAUCUAUUCCGAUAAUCAAGCAGAGCGAGGAUAAGCACCGGGCUCGGAUUGAAACCGGGUAAAAAGAAAUCCACUCCAUAACUCUCUACAGCAAUAAUAGCACUCCCAUAGAUAAGCUAGAUGUUGUGCUAUGUUUAGCCAAGUGUGAGGUCGGUGGUCACUCUUGAACAGGUUAAGGGCUCAACCAGAGGUGUGUUCAAUAUCACAAAUUGUUUUAUUUCCAAAUGUUGUGUGUGUGUGUGUGUGUGUGUGUGUGUGUGUGUGUGUGUGUGUGUGUGUGUGUGUGUGUGUGUGUGUGUGUGUGUGUGUGUGUGUGUGAUGUAACCAAAGCACUAGAAUUGAAAGAUGAGAAACAGAAUCAGUGAUUAAACAAUUAUUUUAAUGUUUAAAGUAUGUUUUUAGGCUGCAGAAGUCAUCAAAGAGCGUCUUUGUGAGGAUUUGAACACACUUCUGGUUACUGAAUUAUGCGUAAACAGGGUCCAUGUUAGUACGGUGGAGUGUCAAAAAGUUUGACCUGCAUAACCUCAAAAGAUAACCUUUUGUUUUGUUUUGAAGAAAAACUAUUUUGUUAGGAAAUGGGGAGGGAUUUAUUUGGGGAAGCGGGAGGGAAUUCUUUUAGAUGUUCAGUGUUAAAAAAAACAACUAUUUUUCUAACUGAUUAUGGGUUUUAGUUAACCGUUGUUACUCAGUGUAAGCAAGUUCUGUAUGUUUCUGAAAUAUUAUCGUGUGGUAGUUCUAGGAGAGCUUGUGAGUGAGAAAAACAUUGCCAACACUGUGUCCAACAAACACACACUUAUAUACACACCGCUACCAUAAAAAAACAUUGCCCAGACAAUGAAUGUAGCCAAAUACUCAGGCUAUAUUUAGCCUUCCCUGGUGCUCAUAUUGAAUGGUCUAUAUUGUGAUACUAUUUUUGUAACUGAUUAUUAUGGUGUAGCUUUGGUGGAUUAGCUCAAGAGAGAAAAAAAAAAGAUAAUUUCAAUAAUAGCCUCAAGUGUGGAAGACGUAUAAUUGAUAAUACACACUCGGAACAUUGUGUAUAGCUUGCAUGUGCUGAACGUACACACACAGUAUGAACACUACACGUACACUUUGAAAAACUUUGCACGGUUGAUCGCCAACCUGUUCUUCAUGCUGAGAGCGUCUGUCGCAGACCAACAUGUCUUCCGAGUCCUCGGCUGUUAAAACCUCAGAAUUUCAGUUCUUUGUUUUGGAAGACCUCUCUAUAAGAAAAGAAGAAAACAAGCCUCAUACUUGAUAGAUGUGUGACGUUUGUGAAUGAGACCUAAUCCCACUUUGUACUAUGCUAAUAUCUUCCACCAAACAAACUCACUGCGGAAAGAAGUCCGCUCGUUUUAAUCUUGUAUUCACACCCAUCGUGGUAUAUUCAGAGCUAUUCAGAGCCAGAUUUGAUUUUCAAAAUGCCAUGUGAAGUCUCAAUACAAGAUUUAAACUUGCUUUAGUGCAGCGGAUAACUUACGUAGUGUUGAUAAUUACUGUAGCUCAGGAUCAGUGAUUUCAGAUUCACAGCUGGCGAGGCCUGCUAGAAGACACUUUCAGUCUUUCUCAUAGGAGAGUAACCAUCUAAUGUAAAAUGCCAAAUUGUAGAGGGCGUACUGUGGUGUAGUGCCACAGAUCUAGCAUCAGUCACAUACGGGUCUUUUAAAAAACAAAAGAAAGGAGUGGAGGCUAGGAAAACAUCUCCAUCAGCUGCCCUUUACUGAGCACGCCAAAUCCAGUGAAUCCUGCUUUUCGAAGAUAAUAUAUACAACGAUAAAUGUAACACCGUUGGCAUGUGGAUGGAGAACCGUUGCAGCACCCUCAUUGGCUUCUACUUUAUAAUCUGAUAUAUUUAUUUUAGCUAAUCUCUUUACCUUUGCUUUGUUUUAGUAUUAAUUUGAACCCUCUUAGGGUUAUAGAUGUCCAUAUGCAAUUUCCUCCUAAAUAAUUCUUAGACUUUUAGUAUCGGUGAAUUUGUCAGUAUUUUAGGUUGUUUGAUAUCUCAAGUUACGUCAUUAGCAGUUUUUUUUAAAUUACAUUUCAAUUGUCCUUCACACCAGAUGGCAACACCUCAACAUCCUAACUCAUCUUGCUAUAGUUGAGUUAGUAGCUAACACGCAACACACAGCGUAAAAACCUCACCUCUAACAAUGCAUUCCUUUUAAUACAUCCGUGUUAUGUACAGCUAUUUUGUAUUAUUUUAUAUCAUAUUCUCCUGUAAUCGUCCGGUGCACAGACAAUCGCUAUACACAUGUCAAUAAACCUGUUAAAAAGUUGAA